AGCUACUCAGGAGGCUGAGGCAGGAGAAUCUCUUGAACCCAGGAGGCGAAGGUUGCAGUGAGCCCAGAUCGCGCCUCUGCACUCCAGCCUGGGCAACACAGUGAGACUCCGUACCCCCAAAAAAAGUUCUUGGAAGGAAAGACUUUUUCUAUUAUAAAUUAAAAAGAAAGAAAGAAAGAAAAAGCCAUAUGCCUUGUCAAGGGCAUGCACUUACAUCCUCUGGAAUAAUUCUUGCGCAAACCCUGUGUGAUGAGCUAAGAAAAUCCUGUGGUCCCAUUUUAAGAAAGGGGAAGCUGAGGCCCACGGCACUUAAGUGUCUUGCCCAAGGUCAGUGGCCAACUUGGAGGCGAAUGCUGGCUCAGAGGUCUCGCUGGCAGCCUGUGCUCCUGGACCCCGUCCGAUCUGCUCCCCCCGUGCCUCCACCCACCUCUGCUUGGCUCUUUGGUGGUUUUCUUCUGUGCUGCCUCUCCUGAGGCAUCUGAGUGUGGCCUGAGCAGCGUGUGCAAGCUCGGAGUGGGACGGUGACAGCCUCCCCUCCCCUCCCCCUAGAUCCGAUCUGUGAUCAGGAGGAGCCGGGAGACGGGCCACGCACACCCCAUGUCCCGGGAGCCCUCCCCUCGCCGCCGGCUGGACCCUGCCACCCUGAGCAGGACCCCAUCCCAGGAGCAGCUCAUCGCGGAGCUGCAGGGGCGGCUGGGCAUCCAGCCUGAGGCAGAGGAGCCGGCGGAGGCAGCGGGGCCCUCUGCCCAGGACUGGCUGACCGAGGGCAUCGUCAUCACCGUGCAGCCACGUGGGAAGCAGGCCGGGGGGCAACUUGUAGAGAAGGUUGUCUUCCCUCCUGGCUCUCCCAUUCCCCUGAGAAGAACCAUCUCUGUCCUGGCUUCUCCUUCUGUCCCUUUGCUCCAGCAUCGCACAGACGCCACGGCCAGCAGCUCUUCUCCCCUGCCCAGCCUGCCCACUUCCUCCCCUCUGGGGCCCUCAGCUUACACCUGUGGUUCUUCUGGGGUCCAGAGUGCAGGGGAAGAGCCCCAUGAUGAGGGGGUGCAGGGCCCCACCCUUUCCACUCCUGCACCCCACACCAUGAGGUCCGUGGGCUGCCAGACCGAUGAGGACCCGCUCUUCCCCCCGAUGCAGGCAGGCCUUAAAGGAGCCCCUCCCUUUCUGUCCCCUGUCCUGAUGCCUGAGCCUCCCCCACUCUGCACACACACAUAUACACACUCAGAUCCCUCCAUCCCUCCAUCCACCAGCCCCAGCGCAGUCACCACAGUCCUGCCUUAAACCUUGACCCUGGUAUUCCCCUACCUGGAAGGUCUGCCACCCUCUUGCUUUCCUGUGGGUUCGCCUGUGUCUGCUCCUUCCUCGACUGGUCCUCGGUACUGCCCUGGGCUCACAUCGAGGAAGGAAGCCACUCCAGAAGGAGACUAGUAAACCUGUCUCCCCCCUUCCAGCCCCCAGGCCCAGUGCCCGGUGAGGCCUCCUCACGGAGUCUGGCCACGUCCCCUUGCCGUGUCCUCUGCCUUUGGUUGACUCCCCUCCCUGUCCUCCUUCCUUUCUCCCUGGGCCUCUCUCUCAGGGCUCUUUUUCUCCAGAGUUUUUCCCCCAAUUUUGGUCCUGCCGGUGGGGGAGAAACCCUCAGAUCUCAUCCUAGAUUCCCUUUUAGUCCAGUGACAAGGUCCCGUAUUCGUUCUUCUUUAAUUUUUAAAAAAGAUUUCUUAUCCUCAUCUCUUCCCCUA